UUACAAAAUAGGGUAUAUCCCAAUGCUUAUAACGGUAAAAAUUUAGGUGCAAGCCUACAGACUUCAGGAGGAGAUUGGAAAAACUUAAGAAUAAUGGAAUAUCGUAGGGUCCCAAUACACCACCAAGAGAAUCUGAAAACUUUAAGGCACAAGCUGGUUCAGAAGAACUCUCGAGCAAGAGGAGCUGGAUAAGUCUGGCUUGAAAACAUUCAAUAUAAGAAUCUCAAUCUAUUCUCUUCCUGCGAUGAUCUUAUUUAAUUCGUAAAAGAGUGUUCAAAGAAGAAUUCGAAUAUGUGGUAUUUGUGUUAUUUUUAUCACAGGCUUUUGGAUUACAGAAGACCUGAGGUGGAAGCAUUGGCUAAGCUCUUUGGCGGCGCUGCUAAAUUUGAGUGGAAACUUCCGCCACAUCAUCACCAUGACUCGCCUUUCCACUUCAUUUGGCUUCCCUCAGGAGACAUCGCCUCAAAGAUAGCUAAUCGAAGUAUUCUUGUGAAGUGCAUGUUGGAGUUAUGGGGGCAGGGUUAUUCUUAUGAAGAAUUAAAAACAUUGGUGCAAACUUUUCCAGAGGAGCACAAGUUACCAUACCUGGGUGCAGAAAGCACUUUCAGGAUUGUAGUUGACACUUUUGGAAAGGUUCUCAGCUCAGAUGAACAAAGAGAACGAAUUGAAAGCUUCAGCUACAUUCCUUUUAAGGGGCGUGUGGAUUUACGAAAUGCAGACUAUAAGUUCUGGGUGAUUGAAACAGAUGACCAAUUUUCUAACAAUGGUCUUCCACCGACAGUUCAAAGGACUUUGUUUUUUGGGCGUGAGGUUGGGGGAGCAGAUCGCAAGCUUUUGCCAACAUUUUCUCUAAGCAAACGCAAAUACCUUGGUCCAACUGCUAUGGAUGCAGAGAUUGCAUUCCUCAUGGCUAAUCAAGCCUUAGUUCAACCUGGAAAGCUUGUUUAUGAUCCAUUUGUUGGCACAGGGAGCAUUCUUGUAGCUGCUACACACUUUGGGGCCAUGACAAUGGGUGCUGAUAUUGACAUACGAGUAGUACGAAAUGGGCGUGGUCCUGAUUGCAACGUGUGGAGCAAUUUCAAGCAGUAUGACUUACCUCUGCCAAUUUCGUUGAUUCGAGCUGACAACAACCUCCCUCCUUGGCGUGGAGACCUUCAAGAGGUCUUUGAUGCAAUCAUAUGUGAUCCCCCAUAUGGUGUUCGUGCUGGGGGACGGAAAUCAGGUGGCAGGAAGCUGCUGAAGGGGGUGAAAGGUCCAUAUGUUAUUCCAGAUGAGAAGAGGAAAGAUCACAUUCCUUCAACAGCUCCAUACAGUCUGGUAGAAUGUGUGCAUGAUUUGCUUGACGUUGCUGCUCGUUUGUUGGUUAUGGGUGGACGGCUUGUUUUCUUUUAUCCUUUGGCAGUAGAUGAGGAUGCUAAAGAUAUUUUUCCAGAUCACAAAUGUUUUACAUUGGUAUCCCAUAGUGAGCAGAUUCUUAGUACAAGAUACAGUCGUUGCUUACUGACAAUGGAGAAAACAGCUAGGUACACUGCAGAUGUUGCUGAAAUGGCAAGGAAAAAACACUUGGAGUUCAGAGAAAAUCAUGGAAAGUUGACAGAAGAAAGUGGAGAGAAUGGAACUCUUCGUUCAAAGGUUUUCAGCCCUGCCGACAAUUUAGAGGUUUCUUCAGGAUUAUCAGAAAUGAACAUUAAAUGUGAUAAAGAUUGGAAACCCAAGUACAGAAGUAAAUAUGUCUGACAUUAUGCUAAAUUUUUGUCUCUAUGUAUUAGAGAAUGCAUGGUUUUAUCUUCAAAUAUAUUUCUUUCAUGGUAUCUGUCCCAAGAGAUUAAGAGAAGCAUUCAUCACAUGCAUAUUACUUUUAAGUAAA